AGGGAACGGCAGCCCAAGCAAGGGAACUUACUGGAGGCUCGUCACUGCUUUGAGAAGAUUACACUGUGCUGGGUGGAACUAAAAACAAGGGGAAACCCACCUAGUUGACACAGGAUACCUGAUGGAAGAACACUUGACCUCAUCAGACAGGAGGAGUACCAGAAGCUGUUCUGUCGCCAUGGUUAUGGACUCAGUAAGAACUAAUCUGCAUCCGGAGCUGAGUUCUCUGCAACAGAGAGAAGGUCCUCAAUAGUGAAGUGGCCUGAGGAACAGGAUCAGAGAGUUUGAGAGGUCAGAAAGAGGCCUGCUUCUGCAGCUCUACCAGUAGGUCUUGGCCUCCAAACUCCCCAGCAUGCAACACUCACAGAGGCUGGACCAGAGACUCCACAUGCUCAGGAAGGAGGUCAGGACUAUGACUCAGGACAAGGAGCGCGGAGAGCAGGUUUGGAGGGAGCGACUGCAGCGCUGCCAGAGGCAGCUGAAGGCCAAAGAAGAUGAGAUGAGUCGCCAGUGUCAGUACUUUGAGAACUAUAAAACUCAACUCCAGCAAAAGCUCAGCCUUGCCCAGGACAGAGAGCAAAGCUUACAGAACCGGAUCUACACUUUAGAAAAACAGCUAUUGGACAUGACUGUGAGUGCUGCCACAGGCAUGGUGGCGAUCAGUGCAGUUAGAAUCACUGCAGGGACUGUGACACGCUCGGAAGAACAGGAGAGGCUACCUCCAAUGAGAGGAGAGGGUGAAGGAGAGGAGGAGAGAAAGGAGGAAAAGAGGAAGCAAUGGCAGCCUAGUGAGAGUACGACAGAGAAAAAUAGAGAUGCAAAUCAGAACUCAAAUGAAGCCAGGCUGCAAGGUUUCAUCCUGAGCCUGCAGGAGGAUCUCCAGGUGCUACUCGAGAGAGAGGAAGACGGGACGACGCAGAGGAGGGGGCUGAUGGAGCAGCUACAGGAGACUCAGGAGAACAGCCGCAACUUAGACUGCAAGGUGGAGGAGAUGAAAGCAGAGGUGCACUUGCUGAGGCAGUCUGAAAGUACCUUGUUGGAGGAAGUAGAAGAGCUGAGAGAAGAGAAUCACAGACUCCAGCAGACCAUUAGAGAUACAGCCAACCAAUCAUCCUGUCAGUCACCUGAAGUCGCUGAGUCUACAUUUGUUGAUCUUGGGACCAGUUGUGCCACUUCUACUGCUGCUGUGUAUCCUGUGCCCUCUAACGCUGUCUUAUCUACAACCAUUACAGGGCACGCCUCAGAGUGGAGCUUUGGAGAGGUUACAGCAGAGAGCACACAGACCACCACAGAGUAUCACCCUCCAGCUGCCAAAUCUGAAACUCCACAUAAAGAAGACUCUCUGAACCUCUUCAGACAUAUUGGCUCCAAAACUGGCCUCAGUUUUCAGUCGCUGUCUUGUACUACAGAGACACUUGAUGAGUUUAAACUGGGGACCUGGUGCUCCAGGGGGAUCUUAAACUUGGAGGAAAGCCCCAGUGAGGAAUCUGAUGCCCUGAGGGAUGCCUACAGGAGCUUGGGGUUUGGAGAAGAUCUUGAGGCACUCAAAGAACAACGUGAUCGCCUGGAGGUGGCCCUGCAGCAUGUGCAGGAGCAGCUGGAGGUGUUGACUCAAGAGAAUACUCAGCUGAAAUUAGAACUCAGGAAAGAGGGCGGUGCAGAAGAAGCAGAGGAGUCUACAAGAGAAAAGAUGAACACACCACUCACCUGUGAUGGAGCUGAAAAUGAUCUUGUCCAGGCCUUGAAUCAGGAGAACCGAGCCUUAGCUGACCGCAUCCAGGAGCUUCUGGCUCAUAUUGAACUCAGAGAAGAAGAGUUCAAAAAGGAAGAGACACAGCAGAGGGAUCUUAUCUCCAAGCUAGAGGUGGACAGUGUGAGACUAGAACAGCAAAACCAGGAACAAGGAGGUUUGAUUACAGAACUCACCAAGAAGACUGAGGAUGAUCUCAACACAAUUAUGGAGCUGCAGCAGAGGUUAGAAGACAAUGAACAGCAUGCAGAAGAGUCUCAAUUGCAACAUGAAAAUACAGCUGCAAUAUCUGGAUGUUUUCAACUGAACAAUCUAGAAGAAUGUGUGGAAAGUUUGGUGGAGAAUGUGCUUAAAGGAGAAGAAUCCUAUUCGAUGUCCAGUCAGCUACCAGAUGAUUCGACGACAGCUUCAGUGCCUAAAUCCCAACAAAAAGAUCACUAUGAUCUGUUGCCUUGUAGCCUACAAGGCAGGUCGAUCCAGAGCCUAAAAACAGAACAAGUAGAACUGUUGAGUGACAUAAAUUCUCUCAGAGAGCAGCAGAGAGAAGUAGCUCUGUCAGUGAAAACACAAACAGAAGUCAAACAGCAGUUAACACGGACAGUUUGGGGGCUGAAAGAGGAGAAAGACAGCAUCAUUAAGUCUUUGGCUGGUGUGAAACAACAAAAAGAGCAGCUCACCAGGACUGUCUGCGGGCUGAGAGAUGAAAAAGACCAGUUCAUAAAGUCUAUGAGUGGCCUGAAAGAGGAGAAAGAGCAGCUAACAGAGUGUUUAUUGGCUUUCAGAACUGAAAAGAAGACUCUGUUUGAAUCUGUCUCAUGUGGAAAAGAAGAGAGAGAUCAAAUCUUGGAGUCACUACAAAGUUUGCAGACAGAGACGGAGCGGUUCAGCCAGGCUGUGCUUGAUUUAAAACAAGAGAGAGAUGAACUGACUGCUUCUGUUGAGUCUCUUAAGGAACAGAAAGACCAGGAACAAUCAUCUAAAACUUUACAAGAAGACCGGGACAGGUUAAGAAAAUCAGUCAGCAGUUUGAAAGCAGAAAAAGAGAGAAUUGAACAAUCAGUCGGUCAUUUGCAAGAGGAAGAAAAGCAGAUGCAACUGGAGCUUCAGAGUUUCAGAGAGGAAAAAAACAGCCUCCAAGCUGCACAAACACAACAGCUUCUAAUGAACCCAAACAGUCCUGUGACAACAAAGAGGCUGCACACUGAGACUCUCUUUGAGGAAGAAGCUACACAAAGAUGUCAGACUGAUGCCCACAGAGAAAACACUGAACAGACCCGGAGGCUGCAGAGUGAGCUCCAUCAAUCAGAAGCCAGGAGGGAGGAAGCAGAGAGAAAGGCCGCCCAAGCAGCGGAUCAGCUGAUGAGGCUGACGGAUGUAGCCAAUCAGAUGGAAGAAACCAGCAUGGAAAAUAAAAAUCUCACAGCACAGGUGAAAGAGCUGCAGAGCAAACUGAGAGGCGUGAUCAAGGAGAAGACUGAUGCUCUGUCACUGAAGGCACAAAUAGAAGAGCAAUACAACAUCCUUACAGCUCAGCUUAAAGCUAAGACGGUGGCUCUGGAAGAGCUUAACUUGGAGUAUAUUGUUCUGAAACAAGGGCAGGACAGCAAAGAAGAUGUAGGUGCUAUACUUGUCUCACUCAGGACACGCUACAAUGACAUUAGAGCUAAGUAUGAUGAUCUGCUAAAGAAGAGGAGCCAGAAGGAUUUGGAAAUAGCUCCUUUGAAGGCCAAGCUGUCCUGCCUGGUGGUGAAGUGUCAGGAGAGGAACACCCUGCUGGUACAGAUGAUGAAAGCCAUGAACCGACACGGCUGUGUGGACCCAGCUCUCACUCAGCAGGUUGAGGAGGUGCUCGGUGACACCGCUCUGCAGGACUACACUGCAACAUUCACUCCUGGGUACAAGACCAAGGAUUACAGUGCAGGGUUUACACCAGGAUUUGUUUCAAAACUUCAAGACUACACCAGUGGGUUCACACCUGAUCAGAGCUGUUCUACUCUAUCCUUGCGUGUCAAUCAGCAAAAUGCAUUCACACCUCAAUUUGGAGGGAUGUGUAGAGAAGUUAAGAGUCUUGAAAUAUCUUCAGUCACUGCUGAAGCUUCAAAACAGCAUAAAAACUUCAAAAGUAAAGUCCCACCUGCACCUGCAGGAACACUAAAAAGAAGUACCAGCUCACCUGUGCAAGAGCAUGCCAGAAUCCCAGAGACAUCAUCGCCUGUUGUUUCAGCUCCGAAAACAAGCUUGGAAACCGAGACAGCACAGCUCCCUCCCUUUGCCAGUGGACCAACCCUGGCUCCAGAAAAACCGGGAUGUCAUCAACCAGCUAUAAAAGGAACUUCUUCUUCAGACUAUGCCAGAUCGACCAGAUCCUUACUCAGUCCUGCUUCUCUCUCCUCCAGCACACGGGUCAGUGUGAACAGGAGACUGAGCAGUCCUGAAAAGAUCCUCAACCUGCAUGAGCAACUGCAGAAGACUCUGCAGAGCAGCUAUCAGACUCCAGUGAGCAGAGGAAGAGGGCAGCAGCCAAGGAAAUGUCUGUCAUUUUCAGAUUUAGCAGCAGACCCAGGACCAGCCUCUGUGACACAGAAGCAGAGCUUCAGUUUCAAUAAACCACUUACCAACUCUCUGGCAGUCAACACUGCUUUGAGUCAAGCCAAGUUCACUCCUGCAGUGACAGCCACACCUGUAGCCAAGACAACUCUUUAUACUGCAGUCACUUCAAGAUCUGCCAAUGUUACAUUCAGUCCCAACAUGUUUACUAACCAUCAUUCCAAGGCAUCCGUUUCUAAAAAUACAACGCCUUCUUCAAACCCUCUUUUGGCUACCAUGGAAGCUAGCAAAGCCAAAUCUAUUCCAAGUAGUUGCACUAGUGUGACAAAAAAUCCAAAACCGACAAAGAAGAAUGCUGUCAUCUGUGACGUACCUGAUGCUCUACAUGAGGCUUCUCCUCCUUCAACUCUGAGGACCACAAGCUUUGACUCUAAUGUCUUAAUCUGUUCUGACACGGAUCCAAAAACCACUGCCUCAGACACAACUGCCCCGAGCAUAUCAGCUGCCCUUGAAGCCUAUCUUUCUAACAUGCCUCCUAAAGCUGUUGGUGCUGCCUCCUGCACACAGUUUGCUCAUCCCUCUUCUGAGAGAUCCAUCAAAUCUGCCGCUCUGGAAAAGACCCAGAAAGCAAGACCCCAACCAGGAGCUCCAGAGGAGGUUCGCUCUGUCGAGGUCAUCAAAACAGUGGGCCAGAGCAGCCUCAUGAUUGGUUGGGAGAGGCCGACGCUGGACGAGCUUGGCUGUAGCAAUGGCACAUUUGUGUACGGAUACCGGGUGUUUGUGGAUGGAGACUUCCAUAAAUCUGUCAUGAGCUCAGCAUGCACCAAGUGUAUUCUUGAAAAUGUCAACCUGAGUCUCCCCGUCCACAUCAGCGUCCAGACACUGGGCUCUAAUGGUCUCAGUUCAAACAGUGUCAACACCCUGUACAGGACUUCAGUCAGAACAGACCAGCAGAGCCCUGACUAGAGUAAAAUGAAUAAUGGAAAAGGUCAACAUGCACAGAAUGUGACAACUACUCAGUGAAAAUAUUCAAUUCCAGUGACAAGGUUUGAAUGUGCCAGCCAUUUAAAGCUGCAGCCCUCUGAGGGACUGUCCUAACCUCCACCUCAGCAGACAGCAAGGGAGACACUGUCAAACUGCUGGGACGCCCUCAGGCUCAGGUCAAAUAAUCAGAAAAACUCAUCUCACGUUGCAAUUUUUAGCUUGUGAACAUGUAAUGACCUUUGGCCAUACAAACCUCACCACGGUUAACUGAAGAUGUCAAAGAAAACACCACUUUGAUAAUCUUUGUCUGCUUGUAAAGGCAGCUGAAGAUUACACUCGAUCCUUGUUGGAAGGAUUUUCUUUUUCAGAGUCCCUCCCACUGGAUACACCCCCUUUAAUGGAUGGGACGUUAUGUUUACAAGGGGAGACGCCAAUCAAACAAACCCUGAUAGAAGUGUUACUUCACUGCAAACUUUGUGAAGCCAAGAUUAAUCAUGUUGUCAAAAGCUGCCUGUGAUACCAACUUUUCAUAUCUUUGAGGACUAUAAACUUUGGAGGAACGUCUGCAUCUGCCUGCACAUUUUAACACUGUGUUUACUGAGAGGUCAUGUUAGUACUGCUUCACCUGCCUCUCUGGGCUCUGACAUGAACAGCCGUUGGAAAGGAUCUUAUCUUUGUGAAAAGCCUUUUUGAAAGCAACACACUGUAUGUGAUGUCGACGCAUUGUACCUGAAGGUCAUACUUGAUUUUACACAUGAAGCCAAAUAUGAAAAAAGAUGGUUGACUCCAAAGACUUGUUUUGCAUAAAUUUAGAGGAUAACUUCACACACAGGAACCAGGUGUUAUUUACGUUCUGCAGUUUGCACACACUCAUUAUUAAUAUCUAGAUAAAUUAAAAAAGAGAUUAUCACUGAUAUUUUUUGUAAAGAUAAUUAUAAAAAUAUGCCAAUAUACCACAUUCUGUAUAUCUUUUUGUAUGAGUGACAUUUUGUUUUCAUACCUAAGAGAUGUUAUGCACGCUCACAUUGUUUUCAGUUUGUUUUAUACAAUGUAAAAACACACAUGAAGUUUUUUUGCUACUUAAUGUAUGUACGGGUGUGAAGUGAUCAUGGUGCAGCAAAGGUAUUUUUCUAUCAGUGAUUAAAGAAAAUUGAUAUCAAAUUGAUUCAUAAAGACUGUACAGAAAAUAAAUGUUUAUAUAAUUUAAGA